AUGGGAACGCUGGACACAUCCGUAGUCUGCCUACCCUUAUUUACUCAUCAACGUAAAAAGGAAAAUGUCUCGUUUGGUCCUCACUCAAUUCCUCCAAGUGUUGCUGAUGUGCAUUUAGGAAAGGAAAUGUUUGAAAUUUUCAAACUUUUCUUCACAGAUGAAAUCAUAAGUCACCUAACAGAACAAACAAAUUUGUAUGCUCAUCGAGACAAAAACAACAAAGACUUCUGUGUUGAUGAGAAUGACAUGAUGAAGUUUUUGGGACUUCUCUUGAUCAGUGGAUAUCACAGUGUUCCCUCUGAAAAUGACUACUGGUCAUCAAGCGAAGACUUGGAAAUACCAAUAUUCGCCAAGACUAUGUGCAGAGAAAGGUUCAAAUCCAUCAAGAGGUACUUUCAUGUGGCUGAUAAUAACAAUUUGGAAAAUUCAAAGGUGGCCAAGAUUCUGCCCCUCCUUCACAUGCUGAGAAAUAAUUGUCAAAAACAUGGAAUUUUUCAUGAAUUUCUCAGCAUUGACGAAUCAAUGAUCCCGUACCGCGGACACCACAGCGCCAAACAGUUCAUCAGAAACAAACCUGUUAGGUUUGGUUACAAGAUGUGGAUGAUGUGCAGUGCUGACGGUUAUCCUUAUAACUUUUCUAUUUAUUGUGGAAAAGAUAAAAGCAAGAAGGAGCUUUUAGGCUAUCAAGUUGUCAUGGACAUGCUACAGCCAGUGGUGAAUAAAGAUGAACAUGUUGUAUUUUUUGACAACUUUUUCACCAGUCACGCAUUGAUGAUUGACCUUACAAGCAAUGGGUUUAGAGCCUGUGGAACAAUCAGAGAUAACCGCACAGGAAAGUGCCCUCUUCUAUCAAAGAAAGAACUUGAAAAAAAAGAAAGAGGUUCAUACGACUACAGAUCGGAUGAUUCCGUCCUAUGUUCAAGAUGGAAUGAUAACAGCAUUGUUACAGUAGCUAGCAACUACUAUGGAGUCAGUCCUAUGCAAAAAUGGAUUCAUACGAAAUUCUUCCGAAAGUUGUGGCUCUAUACCGAAACUUUAUAA